AUGCCGACAAAGCUGCUGAAGAGGAAGCAGGGCCUCUGGCAACGAGCACUGAGAAGUCGACGCCGGCCUGGCUCUCAGUGCAUACGGCUCCUACCGAUUUCAGACGUUGGCCUGGGUGUGGCAAAGGUCAGACGGAAGAAGCGCAGAGUUGGUGUGAAAGCCGUGCGGACAGCGCCGGAUGCUGCAACGGCUCCCGCACCGGAGCCUGCCGUAGAGCCUGAAGAAGCGCUGGAUCUUGCUCAACCGAAGGUGGACAGGAAGGGCGUGGUGCACCUGGCCUCCAUACCGCUGUGCAUGGGCAUCCAGAAGCUACGCCACAUGAUGGAGCAGUUCGGUGACAUUGGCCGCGUGUACCUUGCCCCUGAGGAAAAGUUCCGGCUCCAGAACAGAAAGCGUGCUGGUGGCAGCCGCAAGCUCCGUUACACGGAAGGGUGGGUGGAGUUUGCAGACCGCCGAGUUGCCCGCCGUGUAGCUGACAGCCUCAAUGCCACAACAAUCGGUGGGAAGAAGCGUCACAACUUCUUCCGAGACGACAUGUGGAACAUCCGUUACCUACCUGGGUUCAAGUGGCACAUGCUGAAGGAAGGCACCAUCUACAAUCAGCAGGUGCGAAAAGCGCGGCUGCAGCAACGCAUGAGCCAGGCUCAGAGGGAGAACAGCCACUACCUGGAGAGUGUGGAGAAGGCUCGGACUCGGGAGAAGGUGGCGGCUCGCCGCGCAGGCCGGAAAGGACAAAGAGGCGAAGGAGUCGAAGGAAACCGCGAGAUGCAACUGUCGCCUCCACCGUCCUCAUUGCCCUUCCCUCCCACUCGAAGCAUUCGCAGCUCUCCGAGUGGACCUGGUGCCAUCUCUGACAAAGUGCUCAGCAAGCUUUUGUAG